AAUCGUCAUCGACACUAAACGCAAAAUGGCGAUCUUGCAAGCGCAGAAAAGUGACAAAGAUUUGAAACAAGAAGAUGUACUGCAAGCAGUUAUUACGGCAGAUAAUUUUAAUGAUAAAUUUGCUCCUUUAACUGAGGAACAGCCGUGGGUACUGCUUCCAGUCGUCAACAGGCCCCUAAUAGACUACACGUUGGAAUAUUUGAAUGAUGCUGGUAUUCAGGAGGUGUUCAUAUUCUGUUGCUCACACACGGAGAAGAUUCGUGAAUACAUUAAGAACUCAAAAUGGUCACGCACACACAGUACCAUGACAGCAACCGUGAUAUCAUCAGAGACGUACUUAUCCAUUGGAGAUAUGAUCAGAGACCUUGACUGCAAGGGCUUGAUAAGGUCAGAUUUCGUGCUGCUUGACGGUGGUGUCGUGUCAACCAUUCCUCUGCGACCCAUAUUUGAAGAACACAGAAAAACAGUGGCAAAGGACAAAGGUGCACUGAUGACACUGAUCUACCGCAAGGCAGCUCCCGACCAUAAGACACGUUGCAAGGACGACGAGUGCACUGUUGCCAUUUGCCCAGAAAGCAGGAAGGUGCUUCAUCAUCAGCGAAUGUCAAGAGCGAAGAAAUGCGAUUUUCCUCUUGAGAUAUUUCAGCAGAAUGCCAAGGUGACAGUCCACCACGAUCUGCUGAACACACACAUCGCAAUAUGCUCUCCUCACGUACCUCCCGUAUUUUCUGACAAUUUCGACUACCAGACACGUGAAGAUUUUGUCAAAGGCAUAUUGGAGCAUGAAGAGAUUAUGGGAAACUCUAUUUAUGUCCACGUGUCCGACAGCAACUAUGCAGCUUCAAUAUCAAAUGUGAUCAUGUAUGACUCUGUUAGCAAGGACAUGAUACAAAGAUGGACCUAUCCAUUGGUUCCGGAUCAAGUUAUCGGGGAUGAGGAGUUGUACGUGUACAAUCGCCAUAACGUGUACCGACCAGCUUCAGGACUCCAACUUUCACGGAGCUGUACUCUUAAGCAGAAUGUUGUGAUAGGAUAUGGUACGAAGAUAGGCGAUGGAACCGUAGUGAAGAAUUCAGUAAUUGGUAGGAACUGUAGCAUAGGGUCAAACGUCAAGCUAAGUGACGUGUACAUGUGGGACAAUGUCACAGUGAGUGACGACUGUGACCUGAGCAUGUGCCUCCUGUCCAACGGCGUGGUCGUAAAACAGGGUGUUACGGUACAGCGAGGUUGUAUUUUAGGAAUUGGUGUUAUAGUGGGUCCGAGCGUGACCUUGAAAGAAAGAACACUUCUUCAGUCCUCACCAAUGCAGAAUGAUUUUGAAGAAGCAGGAGACGCCGCAGAAGAGUGUGACAAAGCGCUGUUCGGAGAUGAGUCGAUUGCAUACAAAUAUGUCGCUGAUGCGGGAACAGAUGAUGAAGCUGAAGAUCAAGUAUAUGACAUUUGGGGGAAGGAGGAUUCCUCGUCAGAAGAGGAAGACAGCCAGCAGGAAGGCUCUGAUGAUGAAGUGGAAGCUGAUUGUGGUUUUCCGCCCCCAGAUGAUAUCAAAUUGUUCUACAAUGAGGUUGUUGAAAGCUUGCAGCGUGGAAUGGAAGAGAAAGUGAAAUGUGACAACCUCAUUUUGGAAAUCAAUUCGUCUAGGUAUGCCUAUAACAUCACCAUGAAAGGUGUAAUCACUGUGGUGUCGAGGGUGGUGGUUGAACUACCCUUGUUGGCUGCAAAAGAAGUAUCCUCGGCAGACUAUCUCCAACAGCUGAAAAAGUGCGUACAGCAUUUCAUUCCACUCCUGAAGAACUACGUCAAAGGCCUGGAGGCACAACGGGACUGCCUCAGUGGCUUUGAGGAAUGCAUGCUGCAUAACCUGCAACACAUGUCAUCUCUAAAGAAUGUGUUACAGUGGCUGUAUAGUAAAGACAUUUUAAGCGAGGACGCAAUCGUGGAGUGGUACAACAGCCAUGAUGCAGCUGCUUCUACAGAGCAAGGAACUGUUAGAAAAGCAGUGGCAGAGUUUGUUGAGUGGCUUCAAGAUGCUGAAGAAGAAAGCGAUUAACGUCCGUAGCAGUGACACCAUUUUGUAUGGUGUACUAAAAAAAUGCGAAUUAUAAUAUUUAUAACAUGCUA